GUUCUCGUCUCUUCGACAAAUAAGUGCGAGCGUGAAAGCCCUUGCCUGGUCGCUGACGCGAUUUCUCACCAUCGAUAGGCUGCGGCAUAUUGCCAAGUACUUGUAGAGAGGACGCACUCGCGCGAUCGCUUGGAGUUGGUUAUGGCGGUCGACUUCAGUGCGAUCUCAUCGGAGGAUCUGACGCCUGUUCGCCGUACGCAACGUUCACGCAAUGGUCCCAGAUUUCGAAGCGCCUCCCUGAACAGUUCCGAUUUACCCAUGUUCGACGAGGUUAGGAGCUCGCACGGCUGCGCUGUUGAUGUGUCAUCAGCCUCCUUGCGGGAGUUGAGGAGCGGGAGUGGGAGUAGGCGGAAGAAACGUGAGCAGCGCCGCGAGUCCCUCUCUAGUGGCGUUGAGAGCGGCAGUGUUUCUCUGGCGGGGAGGAGGCCUCCGCCAUUGCCACCGGGAAACCACACCGCAACGUCAGCGUCCGCAAGAAACGGGACUAAGGCGCGAACGGCAGGUAAAGAAGACGAAUGGAGGGAGGUGGAAGAGGAGGGAGGUGGAGUGGUCGUGUCGGAGUCGGUUCAACCUGGGUUGAGCUACCGAGGCGAGGUGGCGGGUUUCGAGGACGACGACGACCGUUUCACUGUGAAGGCUUCUUCUCUUCUUCACGCUGGCCAUCAUCAUGUCGGUUUGAAGUCCGGCUUACUUAGUCGUGUGAGGGUCUCUCCUGCUGGUAAUGGGAGGGUUGGGAGUGCAAACGACAAUGAAGAAGGCGAGGAAGAAGAGGGAGGUGAGGAGGUCGCCGACUGCAAUGUUCUUUAUGGGGACUGGACGCCGCCCCCGAAAUCGCAACACAAAGACGUGUGCCACUUUCGGCGCCCGGAAGAUGUGGACAUGGAGCUGCCCCCUUUGCUGCGGCGAAAAACCUGGAAGCGUCGUCGCCCGGUUGUUGAUGAUCAGUCGUCCUCUCCUGACGUCGACGUGGAAUACGAGGGGUCCGGUCUGAUGACGAACUCCUCUUCUUCUUGUUCGUCUUUACAUGAUAUGCGUUCUAAGGAGUUGGUAAGCGAUGGCGGGAGAGAUGGGGUGGAGGAGGAGGAGGAGGACAAUAAGGCUGAGCGCGAGGAAGAAGGCGAUCCGAUGGAGUGUGUUGGCGACAGGGAUGCGGAGGAUGUUGUCCAGGGCAUCUCUCUUCCUGCUGUCAAAUGCCGCGAUUCUUCCAUGGUUACAGAUUCGGCAGCGGACGCCAGUUCUGGAGAUGUGCAGCAAAAAAGUAGAGAGGAGCGUGCUAAGUCCGAGCUCAGGGGAUUUGAAGAUGAUUUCAGGAUAAGGACUAAUCUUGAUUGGGUUUAUUAUUCCCAGCGAGGGGACGAGGAGGUGGAGGGAGACGAGGAGGUGGAUGAGGACGUGGCUGAGGAGGGGUGCACACAUGAUGAAGUUUGCGAGAUAUUGAACCCAUGUGCUUCCGUGCCUGAGAAGGUGGAGGAAAGGAAGAAGGAGAGAGGCGGUUUGGAUCGUCAAGAUGCCGGUGCAAAGGAGCAAGACCAAGACGUAAGACAUAUGGGAGACCAGGAAAUCGAAAAGGCGGCCAUUGGCAUACACGAUGGAGCGGGAUUCGCAGACGAUGAACCUAGGUCGCCACCAAUCGCAAGGCCGAUAUGGAGUCCUCAGUCUCUUGAAUGUCCCGACGCUCCGUACGCCAGGCGUAAGCGAACAUCAAUCGGAGGGAGCGUAGAGCUUGCACGGCAGAGCAGUCUCACAGACACGAAGCUGGUGCUGACGACUCAUCUGAAGCGGAAUGCUAGCAGUUUCUUUUACGAUAAACAUUUCGAGUAUUUGCAUGAAAUCGGGCGUGGGUCCUUCAGCACUGUGUAUGAGGCACGUGACCUGAGAAGUAGAGGUGUUUGCGCUGUUAAGAAAAGCAAAAGGCAGUUUAGGGGGAAGGAAGACAGGGAGCGGUAUGUGAGAGAGAUUCAAAGUGUUGCGGCCUUGGCAGAGCACCCGAAUGUUGUCAAGUAUUUCCGAGGAUGGCAGCAGGAUUCUUACUUCUAUAUUCAAAUGGAGCUCUGCGAAGGAGGAAGCUUGAGAGAUCAUCUGGACAGUGUGACAGGUCUGAUCCCGGAGGAGAAGGUCUGGAGUUGGAUCCGGCAAGUCGCUUCUGGACUGGCACAUAUUCACAAGAACGGAGUCUUGCAUUUGGACAUUAAGCCAGACAACAUUUUCAUUGACAGCCAAGGCACGCUCAAGAUCGGUGACUUUGGUCUAGCAGUCUUCGGAACAGAUGGGGAUUGGGAGGAAGGCGAUGGAGCAUAUGUUGCCCCUGAGCUCCUCCGAGGGAAGAAGCCUGGACCAGAGGCGGAUAUGUAUAGCUUUGGAGCAAUGGUCUUUGAAUGGGCAUCUGGUGAAAGGCUUCCGAGGUCGUGGGCGGCAAGACAAGAGGAGAUCAAGCUGCCCAGCCAGAGAUCUGCAGCGCUCAAUAGGCUCGUGAACUCGUUGUUACAGCUGAACUGUGCACUGCGGCCCAGUGCGGCGGCUGUUCUUGAAUGAUACUGUGCCGGAAUUGACCCCAUCAUGACCCUUGGCGAGGUAGACUGCGUAAAUUCUGCAAUGCAUUGCUGGGCGCAUGUGUAAAUACCUGCACUGGCCGUUCCUGAUGUUGUAGCUGAUGCUCAGAUCCUGCGGUCUACCAGGAAGAGGAUGAAGGAAUGGGAAUGGGGGAUUUCCUGCCAAGGAUGUCCACGCGGGAAGGGUGCUCGGCAUGAUUUGUCGACUAUUCUUAGGUCGCAUGUUCCUUCCCUAUGGUGGGCAGGUGAUUGAAAGAGGGAAGAUUUGCUCGGUUUGCACCCAGUUUUGGAGUAUGUGGACCAGAUUUGACAAGAAGAUGGUUUGUGGACCAUGGGCUGAAGCAUCUCGUUUGCCCAUUGCCACUUAGUGCAUCUUAUGGAGUCGUCCUGCUUUCUUAUGUCUAGGAGGCAGGGCCGUGCGAAAGGUAUAGUAUGGAAAAGGGUCUCAGCUCUCACACACUGUGGAUCAUAUACAUAAUUCAGGAAAGUGGAUUGGUCCUGCACACCGAUCCUGGGUGCAUCAUUGUUUAUCAUCAGAUCCUCUCCUAGAGUACACUGCACCGCACUGCAUUAUAGCACUGCACACACAGGGGUGGUCAAUCAACCACGUUAGGUUGUUUCAUGUCAGCGAGCAUUGAAACCUAAGGAGGAGUACUAGUUGUGGAGAGAAACAACCUUUGUUUCUGGUUUAGAACGUUUAGAUGUCAUCCGCAGCUUUCUGCGAGAAGCCUACCAGUGGUAAGAACUGUUACCCAAAUGAUUGGUUUCUGCAGCUUGAAGAAGGAAGAAGCUUAGUCUGCUCAGCCCCACAUCUCGUAUUGCCCAGUUUGUUGGGUUCGGUGUAGUUUGGUUUUGGAUUGGUUUGGCUCUGCUCUCUACUUCGUUUGCCGUGGACGCAGUACGUUUUCGUAGGCAACCAAGUGAGCAUUGGUGAUCUGCUCUCAGGACUCUCUUUUGGGGUAUUGGCGACAUGGACAGGGCACAUAAUUCGGUGGAUUCUUUAUGGAGUUCAGGUUGUUUUUGCCAUCCAGGUCAUGUUCGCCAUCCAGCAUAGCAGGGCAGAGAGUGGCUUGUCGGAAUUUCUCACUGUGUUGUUGGAUCUGCCCAAUGAAAUGUGGUUUUCGCA